AUGACGACGACGGAAACGGAAACGACGGAAAUAGAAACGAUGAUGCGCGAACACCGAAUAGUACUCGGCGCUCUCCAUCAUCACAAGCUUGAAAAAGGGAAAUCGUUGCUCUUGGACAAACCAUCGGGUCGGGAAAUCUGUCGUCGAUUUCUCCAAAAUCUGCCGUGUCAUACACCGGAAGGGAGGAAGAACGCGACGAGCGACUUUGAGUGUCAGUACGUCCAUCCGGAUCCGAAACCGCUCUGCGAACGGUGGCAGUUAUACGGGACGUGUGCAAGAGAUAACGGGAAGAAGUGCUGGUACGCGCACGAGAGUUUACGAACGAGUCGAAGGUUUACGAUUGCGUUUCACACGAGCACUGUGUUUGGGCUCAGGUUGUUAGAACGGUGCGCUGAAAUAUACGGCGCGGAAAAUGUCACCUCCGCGGCGCGAGAGCGACAAGAAAGCGUGAGCGGAUGUGUCGUGUGCGUGAGCUGCGGGGACGACGAUUCUUCGGAGAAGGAAGAAGCAAACAACGAAGCUAAGGUGAUUAAACUAAUUGGGAAGAUGAAAAGAAACGAGCCGCACGGGCUUUCGAUGUGCUCGAGGAUAUACGCGAGAGAUGAACGGACGAACGAGGAUCAAGUGGUUGAUUUUCACGGCGACGGCGUCGAGUGGAGAAGGAUUUUGGAAAGGGUGAAAGAGCGGUGGUAUUCGAAUCGAGAGGAGGAGAAGGAAGAGAAUCAGGAAGGGGAAAACAACGGCAAGAGGAUGAAGAAAAAGAUACGAACGGUCCGAAUUCGGUGCUUUCCAAAAGAGAUGGAAAUUGAAGCGUAUAAAGCUUUAGACAGGCUCAUCGAAGAAGCAAUAGGCGAUGAUGACGUGUACGGACUCACCGGGCCGGGUAAAGGCAUCUCGGCUCGCGAGUGCGACGUGGCGUUAGACGCCAUGCUCAUCCGGGGACGGUUACACGUCUCCUCGUGGAGAAUCACCAAAGAGCUCGAUCAGUCGAUAAACCAAGCGCUGAUUGAUGCAGAGAAUAGGCGAAAAGAUAUUCGACCGCUGUGCAGAGCGUUCUUCAAGAUGGAAGAAGCGAUUUUGCGGUUUCGAUUGUCUGAGUUUAUCACGAGCGCGUCGAUGGUGGUGGAUGUCGGGUGCGCCCCAGGCGGAUGGAUUCAAGCCCUCGGAGACGAAAUGAAGGGAAAUAGUGAAACUGGUGAUGAUUCAGGUAUCAUUUUCGCGGUCGAUCCGGCGCGCCUCGGGUUUAAGCCUCCGAAAACGGUCGAACCGCCAGUAAAUCUCGUCCAUUUACAAAAGAAAAUCGAAGAGUCCAUCGACGAUAUUCACGAUAAACUGAAUGGGGAAAAACUAAGUUUAGUUGCGUGCGACGGAAACUCGUCGCCGAUGGCGGUGUAUCGAUGGGUAGCGCCGUUGCUCUCGAUGGUGGACGAAACCAAAGGCGCUUUAGUUUUAACGAUGAAGAAUUUCGUCGCCGGGAAACGAGUCUUUUACGAAGCGAGCGAAGAACUCGCUCAGAAGUUAAAGUCUGAGCAUCAGUUCGAAGAAACGUAUUUGGUGCCGCUCUUUUCGAACUCGACGGAGGAGAUGACCUUAGUGGCGUUUCGGAAGAAACGAACGACAACACGAUGA